AAAGGGGGUGGAGGGGAGGGAGUGGAGAGACGGAGAGAGGCGCGAGCUGCUGCUGCGAGAGGAGCCCGGCGAUUGCGCGCUGCUGCUGCUGCUGCUGCUGCGAAGUGUUUUGCAGCCUUGGGGGACGCGCGCGCACACGGGGCUCUUCCUUGCAAAGUUUCGCACGCCGGGAUUUUCCUGCUUCGCUCCGCUGCUGCAACCUUGAACUUUGGCAACGCGGUUGACAGUACCGUGGCGUAUCAUCCCGCUCGCGGCUUUCUCCAAAAGCACUUUGCAAAUCGAGGGGUGAAAAAAAAGAGGCAUCGCGAGGGAGAAAAAAAGUCCUGUUUUUCUUCUUCUUCUCCCCCUUAACUCCCUGCAUUCCAUUCAGCGCCCCCCCCCCCCUUCCCAAUCCACCAGCCAGCAACUGCAGCAACAGCGACGGAGCCGCCGAGAACAAGAGGGUUAAAAGUGUAGAUUGGAUUUCACCCCGGGAAAUCCAGCGCUUGGAGUGAACUUGAAUCUUUGCCUAUUUAAGGAGGACUGGGGGGUUUGCGGCGAAGUUGCGGCGGUCCGGAGCGGAGCUCGCUCCUGACUCACUUCAUCUUUUCACCGGCCUCCGACGACUGUAAGAUGAACAGAUGAAACCGCUGCCCUUUUGAUCCUUUUCUCUCCGCAGAAGUGCGUGUUCAGAGCGAAGUCAUGAUGUAUUCCCCCAUCUGUCUCACUCAGGAUGAAUUUCACCCAUUCAUUGAGGCUCUUCUUCCACACGUCCGUGCAAUUGCCUACACUUGGUUCAACCUUCAGGCUCGAAAACGCAAAUACUUUAAAAAACAUGAAAAGCGAAUGUCAAAGGAUGAGGAAAGAGCAGUCAAAGAUGAGCUACUUAGUGAAAAGCCUGAAAUUAAACAGAAGUGGGCAUCCAGGCUUCUCGCCAAGCUGCGCAAAGAUAUCCGCCAAGAGUAUCGGGAGGAUUUUGUGCUUACUGUUACUGGAAAGAAGCACCCAUGCUGUGUAUUGUCCAAUCCUGACCAGAAGGGUAAGAUUAGGAGGAUCGACUGCCUGCGACAGGCAGACAAAGUCUGGCGUCUGGAUCUAGUCAUGGUGAUCCUUUUCAAAGGUAUCCCCUUGGAAAGUACAGAUGGAGAACGGCUCAUGAAAUCCCCCCAUUGCACAAAUCCAGCACUUUGCGUCCAGCCCCACCACAUAACAGUAUCAGUCAAGGAGCUUGAUUUGUUUCUGGCAUACUAUGUGCAGGAUCAAGAUUCUGGACAAUCAGGAAGUCCAAGCCACAACGAUCCUGCCAAGAAUCCACCAGUGUAUCUUGAGGAUAGUUUUGUGAAAUCCGGAGUCUUCAAUGUGACAGAACUGGUGCGGGUGUCCAGAACACCCAUAACCCAGGGAGCUGGAGUGAACUUCCCAAUCGGAGAACUUCCAAGCCAACCAUAUUACCAUGAUAUGAACUCGAGUGUAAACCUACAGAGAUCACUGUCCUCUCCACCAACCAGUAAGAGACCCAAAACUAUAUCCAUAGAUGAAAAUAUGGAACCAAGCCCAACAGGGGACUUUUAUCCUUCCCCAAAUUCACCAGCUGCUGGAAGUAGGACAUGGCAUGAAAGAGAUCAAGUUCCCUCAUCGUAUUCAUUUUCCUAUGAUUCUCCUGCAUUCGUCACCAACCAGCAGUUAGAACCACCGUUUAUCAUUAAAACUGAAUCACUUGGAUCCCCUUCGCCUGUUCUUCCUCUACCACCUGCUCCACCUUGUGAUGAGGAACAAAUGUCUUCUGGAUUUCCCUCAUCUGGACCUUUACCAUCUUUUGCUAUCUCCCCAACAUCUGGACUUGCUUUUCCUGGAAUUCCUUUAAUUACAGAUAUGUCUUCUCCUACUAUGAAGAAGCCUGAAAAGCCUUUGUUUAGCACUACAUCUCCUCAGGAUUCUUCACCAAGAUUGACCACUUUCCCGCAUCAUCAUCCAGGAAUUCCAGGAGUUGCACACAGUGUCAUCUCAACUAGACCUCCACCUUCACCUUCACCAUUGCCAUUUCCACCACAAGCUAUUCUCCCUCCUGCCCCAUCUAGCUACUUCUCUCAUCCAACAAUCAGAUAUCCUCCUCACCUGAAUCCUCAGGAUACUCUGAAGAAUUAUUCUUACGACCCGUCCAGUCCACAAACCAGCCAGCCUAACAGCAGUGGUCAAGUAGUAGGGAAAAUGCCUGGCCAUUUUACUCCAGUUUUGGCACCCUCUCCCCAUCACAGUACGGUGCGGCCCGUGACCCUGACCAUGACAGACAUUAAACCCAUCACUACUUCCACUGAAGGUGAGGCAUCUUCACCUACACCAAGCACCUACACAGCCUCAGGCACAUCACAAGCCAAUCGAUAUGUGGGACUAAGUCCAAGAGACUCUUCCUUCCUACACCAGCAACAGCUGAGGAUUUGUGACUGGACCAUGAAUCAAAACGGCAGGCAUUUAUACCCCAGUGCCAGUGAGGAUACAUUGGGAAUUACUUGGCAAAGUCCUGGUACCUGGGCUAGCUUGGUCCCCUUUCAAGUAUCAAACAGGACACCAAUCCUGUCCACAAAUGUCCAAAAUUAUGGUUUGAACCUAAUUGGAGAGCCUUUCCUUCAAGCAGAAACAAGCAACUGAGGGAGAAUGAAACUGAACAAAAUACUAUAAAAGAAAGAAGACGGGACAAAACAAUAUAUGGACCUGAAGAAAGAAGAAACAUAGACCAGCAAUUGCAGCACUUACAAUCACUAAUUCCCUUAAGAUUGAAACUGUAAUGGCAUAAAAAAGGGUCGACGAUAUUUCACUGAUGAAUAGAAAGAUGCUCCUCCUACGUAGCCUUUGUUCUAUGAAGUCCACUGGGAAAUAGAUGUUCUGUCUCUGACAAUAUAUUUUAACUGACUUUCUAGAUGCCUUAAUAAUUGCAUGAUAAGCUAGUUUAUUGGUUUAGUAUUCUUGUUGUUUACGCAUGGGAUCACUAUUCCUAGUUAGCUUUCAAAACAAAGGCUAGGAGGCAGCAGCAGAGCUGCAGGAGAAUAAGGGCUGUGAGCCAACUUUUCUCAGCAGUCUGAUUUCUGUUUUGUUUUUUUUUUCAAGGAAAAAAGUAGCCUUUAAUUAUCAAUCAAAAUUUAUUUAACUUUGGCCCUUAACCCAGCCUUUUCCUAGUGUGCUAUCCAGUUUGAAUUUUUCAGGACAUCAUUUAAAUAAACAGGCAUUUUAUAGAAUCAAUACCUCCCUUGAGGUUUUUUUAAAAAGUGUUAUCUUCUCAUAUGACAGUAAAAACAAAACGAGAAAUACACUAAAAAAAUUCCCCACUAAGGAAAACACUUAGAGGCAAGUGCAAUUUAAAAAUUAUAUCUAAGGGGAUCAUCGUUAUAAGUCCUUCAGCCCUUGGACUCUAAAUUGAGGGGAUUAAAAAAAAACAAGAAAAAUUUCAAAAAUAUUUGGAGCAAAUUUAUUUCCCUCUCAGUUUUGAAGGGAAGCCAUUAAAAGGCAUUAAUUAAAUCAAGACAAAUCAUGUACUUGAGAAGAAGAAAUGAAUUGAAACAGAGCACUUAUGUUGAUUUAGCUUCUGACUCCUUUGAGGUAUUUUAUUUAUUGAAAGUUACUGGUUGGAUCAAGAACCCACAGAGGAUAUGAAAGGUUCUAUAAAACCUACAUCACAGAGACAGAGAGGUAAAUCCAUGUCACAAUGGCAAAGCUUAUGGCUUUUGGGGGGAGGGGUAAAAUAUAUUUUUAAAAAAUGCACUCUUUCAAUAAAGCCUAAUGACAGGGUGCUGAAAACUUGCAUGGUGCUCUCAGAAAUUAGCCUUGUUUGACAGAUUUCUCGUAUUGACAGUAAUGUGCAUGGGCGGAUACAUUUUGCCUCUACGUCUCUAUAAAAAAUUUAAUUAAAACUACUCUAUCCAGUAAUCCUAAUUUGCACGAAGUUAUAAUGUCCACAUAACGUGCCUUGCCUUGGAAUCUAAAAAGUGACAUCACUACAGUUGUUUUGCUGCAUUUAUUAUCAUUUUAAAUCUUUACCAUUUUUAUGACAAAAUAUUUUGUACUCCAGAUGGGAAAAUGAAAAAAAUAUGUGACAUCAUGGAUUUUUUAAGCAGUUAUAACUUUAUCUCACAUUUAUAAAGCAUAUCAUGGCUGUGUAUAGUUGCCGCUUAAAAAUUGUAAUCGACCAGCAAUAUUUUCAGUAUUUUGGUGUUUUUUCUAUUAAUCUUUCAUGUUUUUCAUCUUCCAAUUAAUAUUGGGGGGAGGGGGUUCAAAUUUAUACAAAUUAUGCAAUACCAAGUUUUGCCUAUGUAGGUAGUGCUUUUAGCUGCAUUGGUUAUUAUAGGUAAGUACACAGAUUUAAAAAGACAAAAGAUUAAUGUAUGCUUUUUGUUUGUUUGUUUUAAUUGACCAAAGUGGGUACUGCUAUUUUUGCAGUGUGAUGAGGUCCUUUUGUGUACUGAGAGAUGGACAGGGGAUUUUUUUUUAUACAUGCAUAUAUCUAUAUAUUCUGGGGUGGGUGGGGAGGAUUUUUAACACUUGACAGUGUAGCUGUGAAGCAGUGCCCCCUAAGCUGGGUGAGGGCUGCAAAGCGACUCUUUGGCCUACUGUGAUAAAAAUCUCAAAAAGGUGUCUUUUUAACUUUCCACCUGGGGUGCAAGCUGAACUCAUUUCUGGUUUAUCAAAAAAAAUGAUGAUGAUAAUAAUAAUAAUAAAUACUAAUACUAUUAAUAAUAAUGAAUUCUGUUGGAGGCAGACUUGACUUGAUGAAAUGUGUGCCCUCUUUUUCAAUUUUGUGAUGUCAAGGCCCACAGAGAGCAGCAGCCUUUGAAAAAUUGGCAAAGGUAUCAUUUUAACACAUAGGUAUGAAAGCAUAUCUUGAGGUGAGAAUCACAUCCAUACACAUACCGUUAAAACUUUUGUCCUCUGAAGGUACAGUUUUUCAUGCUCUGUUUUGUGUUGAAGUACAAAUACCCAAGUACAAAAGGCAUAUGAACGGAAUCACUUCUGAAAGGCUUGAGAAUGUGUAAAUUACCACAUAUCAGUUGCAUGUGGAAGCCAUUCACUUGGAAAACAGCUGACUAUGCUUAUUUAGAGCCCCAAAGGUCUACCUACCACAGCUGGCCUUAUAGACAGGCAUGUCAAUAAAAGUCUCAAGUCCUGGUUCAAAUUUGUCUUUCCCUGUUGUUUCCCAAAGGAGAGUGAACCUGUUGGUCAAACUCAGAGCAGUAUCUUCUUGCCAAAGCAAGAACCUUGUUAUUAAUGAUGGGCAUUGUUAACUGCCCACUUUCCCUGCUCUUCUAGGUAUAUGAGAAGAUACUCAGCUCCUACAACAGCAGAGGGGGCAUACUUGCUGACAGCCCCACCACCCAAAAAGCCAAAAAUUCUGGCCACAGCAGGGCUUUUCUGGCACCUUACUUGGACACCAGCGUGGGGGGAGGGGGACAGGCCAGGCCUUUCCCGGGGGGACAGCUGGCAGUCAGCUCCCUCCGGGGGUUUAGGGCCAGUUGCAUGGCACCCCUCAGACAUAUGCCACCUUUUUGGCAGAGUUUGUCCUUUAAACCCUAUGGGGCUUUCCAACAGCGGGGAAUUUCAGGGCUUUUCCAAAUUCUCUGCACCGUCGCCUCCAGGUUUGAAUGGGGCUGCCCAUCUGUAAGGUGCAACUGGAUUUUGGUUUUAUCUUUCUCGUGUGAGCAAUCUCAACAUGCAGCCUUAGCAGCAAGUUCUGUGAAGUGAUAAUGGAGAAAAAACUAGGCCUCUGGUCUCUGUUAAAGGGCAAGGCACAGAAUACUAAUGUCUGUGUGAGCCAGUUGUUUAUACAUAGUUUUCCUCCUCACAGUUGACAUAGUGUGCAUGCACUUUGUGCUUGGGUAUUGGUGCCUGAACACCAUGUAGUGAGAGAAACUGCUUCAGCAGAAUUUAAGCCACUCUGAUCAAAUAAUAUUCUUCUUUGCAAGGAAACCAAAACCCUAAUCGGCAUUUCCUUUUAGUUCAUGACUUUGCUUGCAUCAACCUGAGCUGGUGCAAGCCAGAUAAAUAACUUCCUCCCUACAUAUAAAAAUAUUGAAUGCAAAACUGAACUUCAUUGCGGUAGAAUUAGGAAGUAGAAUGCAAAUGUUGGCACUAACUUCAUAUUAACUGCUAUUUGGAUAAUAGAUGUUGCACAGCAAUGUGCAUGAAGGUUCCAGACUAUGGGUCAAAUUCACCUUCAGAUACCAACUUGAGAUAAUGAUUUAGGAAAGCAACCUCUUAGAAAUUAGGAAAACUUAGCCUACGGCUCUGACUUUUGGAGCCCCUUGAGUAACGCACAAGAGGCAGUUGCACAUGAAUCACAUAUUCUCAAUAUUUUCUAACAGCAGCUGCCUUUGCUGUGCAAGAAACUGCUUUUGAGAGUAGCAAGAUUUCAAAAGGAAUUCAUUUGUCUAUGCACAUGGAUGUUAUUAAAAAAUAAAGGUGGCUCAGAAGUCCCAUUUCACAUGUAGAGCUCGCCAUGUAGCUGUAUCUUCUAACAAUUUGCUCAGAAAGCCCUGCUAAUAGUGAAUCUUUACUAAUCUUGUUAUCUGCUUUUUGAAUUUUCUAAAGUGGCAGUAGGCACCACAGCAGCUACUAUAAGCUUGUCAUUCUCUUGCUCUCCCAGUUGCUUGACUCCUGUUUAGGAGCUUUUGAUUUUGAGUCUACCAGUUUUCAAAAAGAGUCAUAUCAUCAAAUGCUACUGGCAGUAGAAAAAGUUGUAGGAAGAAUUAAUUAUUAUUAUUAUUGUAAAGUUUGUCUUUAGCUACACCAAGACUAAAACCAACUUUACGUUGGCUCUUUUUUUCUGAGCCCUGUUGUAAGUGAAUUAAUUCACUAAAUAUACAGCUGUUGGGAAUAACUGAAAUGUACAAGCAGGUCUCACUGAAUAUCUCUUCAUCUGCAGGCUAGUGAAAUAAUCAUGCAUUGUUCUCAUGGCUCAUUGCUUAUCAAUGAGCAGAUAUGGACCGUAUGGUUAAAGUCUGCUGGAAAACUUUAACUAUUAUAUAGGUUGCUUCUUAAACUUGGAGUAGCACAGCAGGAUGAACCAAGAUAUGUUCAGGCUUUGGAGUGCAAUUGUUUAAAGGAAACAAUCCCCUAUUAAAUGGAUAGUUGAAGUUGAACUUAAUAUAAUAUCGAUUAUAUGAAUGAAUUGGGCUUUUGAGAAAAAAGGGUACAUGUUCUUAUUUACAAAAGGCUAACUUGCUCUGUGAAAACUGCUUCAUUUCACUGAAUUGUGCAGUGAUCCAGGCCAUUAUCCUGACAACACUUACACAACAGUAAUUCCUUCUAGGAGGGCUAUGGACAAGGGAAGUGAUUCAGGACAAUGACCUCUGUGGGUUUUUUCUGCCUUCCUCUUUUAAUAUAAUGCCCAUCGGUAUCACACUUUCUAUUCUUAACAUUUUCUUAAAGCUGAGAAUUCAAUCCUUUAACAAAAUGUUGUAAAUUCAAAUCUAGUCUGAGCCUCCUCUAUCAGGAAGUGUAUUCUGACUAAAUCAAGCCACCCCGUUCUAUGUGCACUGUUCUGCCUUUAUUCAGUUGCUUUGCAGCCCUGGUCCUCUUGGCAGUGCCACUGAAGUGUGUUUUCCCCUAAAAUGAUAUGGACGUUUGAGGCUUGACUAAGGAAAAAAAGGCAGUGAAGGAGACUGUACAUAAAGACAUGGCAAGAUAUUAAAUAUAGCAAUAUAGUUGUGCGUUCAGGUGGGCAGCUCAAUUUAAAAUAUGUGAAUGAACCUGUGAAGCUGCAACUAGAGAAGAAGGGAAGAUCUUCUUAAUGAACCUGCCUACCUUGUAGACAGUAAUUUGUACACUGUAUAGUUUUGUUAAGAUUUUUUUUAAAGCACCCUUGUUUGUAAAGCUAAUUUUUAGCAAUUAUAAUGGAAAUGUAUGUCAUUUCCACUUUUAAAGUAAACAAGAAUAUUCCUUGUUUGGGAACUGGACUUGGGUUAAAACUCUCCAGUUUCUUAAUUUAUGUAUUAAAACAAAACAAAAAAAUCUGUCCAUGUUAGGAGAUAUUUCACUAUGCUUGAAAAGCAUAGGUUACUAAUCCUUUUAAAAGAAAUUGUAAAUGGAGAAAAGUUAUAUUUUAUGAAGGUUAUUUUGUUGUAUUUAGUAUUGGAAAAGUUGGGUUUUGGAGCAUUUCAGAAUGUUGGAAGCACCACUGUCUUUUUUUAUUAGUAUAUAUGGCCUUUAGCAAAAGUUUUGUGAUUGUUACAUGAUGGUAUUUAAGAGUAGGUUCACAGAGCAUUCAGGACAGACAGAAGAUGAAAGCAGCAUUUAACAUCUCACAUAGCCAUGUCCUCAGGGAGCAGAAGUUUGGAUUUGCAACUGGGAGCUUCGUAAGGACUUUUAUCGAAUGGCAUUGCACAAGGACAUGCCAUGCUUUGUCAGCAGGGCAUGUCCUGUAUCUGAAAACUCUAAAUUCUGUGUGCUAUGUGAGACUGUGAAAGCUGCAGAGAGUUAUCACAUAUUCAGUGUACAGUGUUCACUUUUUAAAAAUGGCUACAACAUUGCUGGCAGUAAUGCAUUAAGCAUGACAUUGAAUAUAGUUUACAUGUUCCUGUCGAGGUCUUUUGUUAUAACAUUUACCAGCUGCAUGUUUCCUAGGCUCUUAUUUUUAUUGGGUUUCGAUAGAAAACGCUAAAAAUAAAGAAAAUGCAGGCUAAUCACAUUGAACAGUAAAAGCUCAAAAUUGAAUGUCCUACUCCAUGCCGAAGGAGCUGAAAUCUGCCUCCUUCUUAUUUGCACUUUCUGAUAGUUCCCCUGUUUUUUUGGUUUCCUCAAAAUUGUGUAGGUGUGUUGGAGCACCACAGUUGGAGGAUAACAUGGACCACUGGGUUUGCCCUUUGACCCUGCACAAUGACCUUUGCAUCAGCCAAACUUAUUGCCAUGACAACUCUUUGUACUGUUUCCAUGCCACAGCAUUAUUGGUCACAUUUGUUAAUAGUAAAGGGGACAAAGUAAGGAGACGGUCAAUUUAUACAUUUUUUGUUGCAAUUUUUUUCUUCAAUGGUUGUAAGUAGUUUUUUAUAUAUAUAAUAAAAGGGUUCACUAGUUAUUACUCUUUAGGAAUAUCUGUGUGUUGCAAUUCAAAUGUAUGUUGAAUUUGUGAAAGAGGCUUCAGUGCCACUAGCAAACCCCAUAAUCUAGUCCAUGCCUUUGAGGGGUCUGUUGCCUGAUAACAGUUCCAGGAAAAAACAAAACAAAAUGGUGGCCUACAUAAACAGAAAGCAGCAUGAGCUAGUGACACUAAAGCCAGUCUUUGUAUUACUGUAUUUUUGACAGAAUGGUUUUGAAAACUGCUACAGGGACUGAUGUGGCAAAUGUGUAUCUAUAUGCAGAAGGACUUUUUUAAAAAAAGAAGAAGUAUGGCUUAUUAUGCAUUCUUUAUAGAGGGCAUUGAAGUUGCAUGGACUAAUAAAAGUUGAUGCAAACUUAGAGCGAACGAGAGAGAGAGAGAGAGAGACAAAAAACCAGCAAAAAUGUUUACCAAAAAAAGAGAGAGAGAAAUAAUAAAAAAUGACCAGUGCCUGUUCAGUUUCACAGUCUCUGUUGAGUUCAGUUGUAAAUAUGUUUCAGAUAACAUUUACUUCGAAAAUUAAAAAAAAAAACUACAACAUUGUAGAAUGUGAGGGGUAACUCCAUCCCAGGCCUAGGCUUCUCAAAAGCUGCAUUAGAUUAUGUCUUCAUCAAGCUGUUAAUUUGUGCUUAUAUCAUAUAGGACUUUAGUGAACUGGGAAGAAGCACCCCAAUCUUUUCUCUGAGAACAACUUUUGUAGGGCUGUGUGUUUCUUUAGAUACAUUUAGUACAACUGUAGGUGACGAGUAGUCAGUUAUUGCUUGCUAGCUACACACCAGGGUUGAUCCAUUUUAAAACUUUUGGCAUUUUUGCUUCCCUCCCCUCCCCUCCAUCCCUCCUCCACCUGCCCGAGGCCCCAAAUAUUGAUAGUUGUACUUGUUUUGUUUUUUAAAGCAUGCACAAUCUUAGUGUAAUGACACUUUACCAAUAGGAUGCAUUUACACUCUAUGGAUUUAACUUUUAGAACUGGGGCCUCAGGCAAUUAUUACCCUCUUCUGGGAGGAGAGUUGUGCCUGUCUGGAGGACAUUCAUUUUCUUUGGGGUACUUUUCUGUAGGUUACAAAAACUCAGCUGCCACAAGUUUUAAACUGGUGUAAAUCAAGCUUGAGUUAAUGUGAUUUACUGUUAUAUCCAGCCUAUACUGCUAGCAGCUGCUCAUACUGCAGUCAAUUACUGGAAGCGGAUAUAUUUCCUAUGCAAAAACUGUUUAAACAAUAAAAUGAGCUAUGCUACA